AUGGGCGAUUCCACCCUUUCGGCGGCCAGUUCGCUCUUGCAAAGCCUCGCGACGAAUACGCAUAUCGCCCCAACCUCUUAUCAAAACCAUCAGCUCAUCAAGCUCCCAGGCGCUGAUACUCCUGCUAAGCUCGCUCUGGAGCGUGAUAUUGCGGCUCUGGUUGCGAGAGUGCAAUGUUUGGAGACGAAGGCAAUCAGCGUCAACAACCAGACUCUGCCCGACACUCCCAAUGAGACCGGCGCUCCGUCGGCUUUCGCUGACGUCCUGACUGGCGGGCCAGGCCGGGCAGCAACGAAGAAUCAUCCCACGCGAAAGUCCUCGAAUAGCUCAUUGUUGUCAGGGAGAGAGAGUGCGACGGGCGAAAGACCUCAAAAGCUCCCGAGGCUCAGCAACGACGAGCUCAUCGAGACACUCCAACAACAAAUCGACGACCAAGCAAAGCAAAUCCAGAGUGGGAAGCAAAAACAAGACGCCAUUCAGGCUCAGAUGUUGGAGCAGGCACAGCAACAAAAGAAAGCCAUCAAUCAAUAUGAGGUCGAACGAGUGGCUUCUCUCGAGCGUGAGCUCAAGAAGCAUCAGCAAGCCAACGAAGCUUUCCAGAAGGCUUUGCGGGAGAUUGGGGAAAUCAUUACCGCUGUGGCGCGUGGUGAUUUGAGCAAGAAAGUUCAGAUUCAUUCCGUGGAAAUGGACCCUGAAAUCACAACAUUUAAGAGAGUGAUUAAUACUAUGAUGGACCAACUCCAAAUCUUCUCCAGCGAGGUGUCUCGUGUUGCUCGAGAGGUUGGAACAGAGGGUAUCUUGGGAGGCCAGGCACAAAUAUCAGGGGUCGAUGGCACCUGGAAGGAGCUCACAGAUAAUGUCAAUGUCAUGGCGCAAAAUCUCACCGACCAAGUCAGAGAAAUUGCUGCCGUCACUACUGCUGUUGCACAUGGAGACUUGACCCAGAAGAUCGAGAGACCGGCCCGCGGAGAAAUUCUGCAAUUGCAACAAACCAUUAACACCAUGGUGGACCAGUUGAGGACAUUCGCUGCUGAAGUUACUCGGGUGGCCAGAGAUGUCGGCACAGAGGGUAUUCUUGGUGGUCAAGCAGAGAUUGAGGGAGUAAAGGGCAUGUGGAACACAUUGACAGUCAAUGUCAACGCUAUGGCCAACAAUCUCACAACACAAGUUCGAGAUAUCGCCAUGGUCACCACAGCCGUCGCCAAGGGAGACCUCACACAGAAGGUGCAAGCCGAGUGUAAGGGGGAGAUCAAGCAGCUCAAAGAGACUAUCAAUUCCAUGGUGGACCAACUUCAGCAAUUCGCCCGAGAAGUCACCAAGAUCGCUAGGGAAGUCGGUACUGAGGGUAAACUGGGUGGCCAGGCUACAGUUCAUGACGUUGAGGGAACUUGGAGAGACCUGACUGAAAACGUGAAUGGAAUGGCCAUGAAUUUGACCACGCAAGUACGAGAGAUUGCCAAGGUGACUACAGCUGUAGCCAAGGGAGAUUUAACCAAAAAGAUUGGAGUCGAGGUGCAAGGAGAAAUCGCUUCGCUGAAAGACACUAUCAACACCAUGGUUGACAGACUUGGUACCUUUGCUUUCGAAGUCAGCAAGGUUGCGAGGGAAGUCGGAACAGAUGGAACUCUCGGUGGACAGGCCCAAGUUGACAAUGUUGAAGGAAAGUGGAAGGACCUGACCGAGAAUGUGAAUACUAUGGCCAGCAAUUUGACCUCCCAAGUCCGAGGUAUAUCAACUGUUACGCAAGCUAUUGCCAACGGUGAUAUGAGCCAAAAGAUCGAGGUUGAAGCUGCUGGGGAGAUUUUGGUUCUGAAGGAGACGAUCAACAACAUGGUUGACAGGUUGAGUAUCUUCUCCAACGAAGUCCAACGUGUUGCGAAGGACGUCGGCGUCGACGGAAAGAUGGGUGGUCAAGCUGAUGUUGCUGGUAUCGGUGGCCGGUGGAAGGAGAUCACAACUGAUGUCAAUACCAUGGCUAUGAACUUGACGGCCCAAGUCCGAGCUUUUGGCGAUAUCACUAAUGCUGCCACUGAUGGAGACUUCACAAAGCUCAUCACCGUCGAGGCAUCCGGAGAAAUGGACGAGUUGAAGCGCAAGAUUAACCAGAUGGUCUUCAACCUAAGAGACUCCAUCCAGAGGAACACAGCCGCCAGAGAGGCUGCCGAAUUCGCCAACAGGACGAAGUCGGAAUUCCUUGCGAACAUGUCUCAUGAGAUUCGAACACCGAGUAUAAUCGGUAUGACACAGCUUACCUUGGAUACGGAUCUUACACAAUAUCAGCGUGAAAUGUUGAAUAUUGUUCACAAUUUAGCGAACAGUCUAUUGACCAUCAUUGACGAUAUCUUGGAUCUGUCUAAGAUCGAAGCUAACCGCAUGAUUAUGGAAGAAAUCCCGUACACCCUCCGAGGAACCGUUUUCAACGCUUUGAAGACACUGGCUGUGAAGGCAAACGAAAAGUUCCUGGACCUGACAUACCGAGUCGAUAGUUCAGUCCCAGAUCACGUCGUUGGAGACUCCUUCCGUUUACGUCAAGUCAUCCUAAACCUUGUCGGCAAUGCAAUUAAGUUUACGGAACAUGGCGAGGUUUCCUUAACGAUUCGAAAGGCAGAGCAAGACCAAUGUGCUCCAAAUGAGUAUGCAAUCGAAUUCUCUGUAUCCGACACUGGUAUUGGUAUUCAAGCAGACAAGCUGGAUCUCAUCUUCGAUACCUUCCAGCAAGCCGAUGGGUCUAUGACUAGAAAGUUUGGUGGAACUGGCCUCGGGCUCUCUAUCUCUAAGAGAUUGGUGAACUUGAUGAGAGGAGAUGUCUGGGUGAAGAGUCAGUACGGCAAGGGCAGCACUUUCUACUUCACUUGCACGGUCCGACUUGCUACCUCCGAGAUCGGCUUCAUUGGGAAGCAACUCAAGCCAUACCAAGGUCACAACGUCCUUUUCAUUGACAAAGGACAGACUGGACAUGGCAAGGAGAUUGUCUCGAUGCUUCGGCAAGUUGGUCUCGUGCCUGUUGUGGUCGAUUCGGAGAGAAACGUUCACGUCGCUGGAGGCGGAUCGAAAAUUGCUUCCACUUACGACGUCAUUAUCGUGGACUCUAUUGAGACCGCUCGACGCUUGAGAUCUAUCGAUGAGUUCAAGUACAUUCCCAUUGUGCUCUUGGCUCCAGUCGUUCAUGUCAGCUUGAAGUCAGCCUUAGACCUCGGUAUCACUUCAUAUAUGACUACCCCCUGCCUGGCCAUCGAUCUCGGCAACGGCAUGAUUCCGGCAUUAGAAAAUCGUGCUGCUCCAUCCUUGGCUGACAAUACCAAGUCCUUCGAUAUCUUACUUGCCGAGGAUAAUAUCGUCAACCAACGUUUGGCUGUGAAGAUCUUAGAGAAGUAUCACCAUGUUGUUACGGUUGUCGGUAACGGUCAGGAGGCUCUUGAUGCUAUCAAGGAGAAGAGAUACGACGUCAUCCUCAUGGAUGUCCAAAUGCCAAUCAUGGGGGGAUUUGAAGCCACUGCAAAGAUCCGAGAGUAUGAACGAAGCCUCGGCACGCAGAGGACUCCAAUCAUUGCUCUCACAGCUCAUGCAAUGCUUGGUGACAGAGAAAAGUGCAUUCAAGCACAGAUGGAUGAAUAUCUCUCGAAGCCCCUCAAGCAAAAUCACCUCAUCCAAACAAUCCUGAAGUGUGCUACUCUAGGAGGAGCACUUUUAGAGAAGGGUCGAGACGUUCGAACUUCCGCCAAGGAUGAGCCCAAGACUCCAAUCACAAACGGGUCGGCCACUCCGACACCAGAAAAUUCAUCCCUCUCCGUUCCACGACCGCCUCUCGAGCCUCGCCCAUUCACCACGACAGGCCCGAUCAACCACGGAAGCUUGGAGAGCCCUGCAAUCGUGAAAGCAGAUGGGGAAGAUCCCUUGGCUAGACUUCUCAUGCGCGCACAUAGCAGCUAG